AUGGAAUAUCUGCGCAAACUUAAGCGAUAUUACGAGAGAGGGAUCGAAAGGAAUAUAAACUGCAAUCAAACUGAAUACCUUAAAGACCUAUUGGAAACGUCAUUUGAAGGACCCGCAUCCCGAUGGUUGCAACUAAUCAGAUCAGACAUUUUUGAUUGGGACCAUUUUGCUAAGGAAUUUGAGUGCAAAUAUUGGAGUCAAGCCGACAAAAGAGGAAUAAAAGCCAAGAUUGAAUCUGAAAAAUAUCGAGCUAAUGGAACCUUGAGCCGUACGGAAUAUUUAACAGAACGAGUACUUUUAUUGCAAUCCAUCUCCCCUAGUUUAAGUGAAGAGGAGAUCGUAUCAUUAUUGGCAGAGCGAUUCGAUCCAAUCAUCCAGGACAGUGUUAAUGUGCAAAAUAUCACCACAAUAAGAGCCAUGGAACGAUUUCUACAGAAGGAUGACAUUCGAGACGGACCGAAGAAAGUUAAGAGCUACAACAACAGUCAUCAGAACAGCAGACCGUCUAGCCCUAACAUACAGAACCCGCAACGUUACCAUGAUCGAUCUACUAACCAACAAGCUUACGUGCCUAAGAUGAACCGCCAGAACUUCCAACACAGCGAUAACUAUGCACAGAACAACCAACAUCAUAGGAAUCAACAAAAUUACCGAUUCAACAGAAACAAUGGUAAUGAGUCCCAACAGUACCAACGGGUGCACCGAGACUACAAACCAUAUCAGCGUGACCACUACCCAGACCAAAACUACAAAUAUAAUCAGAAUCACCCUACCAAGGAACAGAACCAACUAUGUGCGAUGUAUAGGCAAAAUUCCAACUCGCCUAAUAACCCGAGUACUCCACCCAUGGAUCCACAACUAAACAGCCACCAUUCAAGUUCUCGUGUUUCACGAUCUCCACAGAGGUCGGAAAACCACUCGGCGCUGUAG